GGAGCAAUAGAAACAACAAUAGCAGUGGCAGCAGCUGCAGCAGUAUAUAGCAGGAUCGAAAACAGAAAGAAUMGGUACAGAAGAAAGGAAAAAGGGAAAACACAACACCAACAAAAACAGCAAAAAUACAAGAAGAUAGAAACCAUGAACGUUGUCAAGUCACGCAGCAGCAACCUGCCCCGGGCGUCGACAUCACCGGACAAGAAGUUUUCAAAGGCUGUGACGAACAUCAAUCUAUACCAAGAAAUCCCGACCACGGAAGUUAGUCUMGACGAUUUCGAGGAAUUUGCGCUCGAUCGGCUGAAGGUGAGUUUCGUUGGGGUUCGAGGAGCGGAGCGGUGACACACGGCGCGAUGCGACGCCUGCACAACUGCAUGAGCACCUGGAUUGUUUGUGUGUUUUGAUUUUUCCUUUUCUCAUUCGACCAUUUUUUUCGGCCGUGUUGUGCCGAUUGGAUCCGAUGGAACACAUGGAACACAUACCUUCGACUGCCGUUGACACCGAUUCCCGCCCCCAGGUUCUGAAAAAAAUCGAGCAGCUCAARAUCCGUCACGUGCACCCMGACAACUACAAAAAACACCUCGAUCCGCUGCUCUCGAAACUCAACGACCCCACCAAGGACACCAUCUCCCACUUUGUGCUGAGGCUGGCCUACUGCCGAUCGGAGGACCUGAGGCGGUGGAUCCUGGCGCAGGAGGUAGCCYUGCUCAAGCACCGUCUCCACCACAGCAGGGUCGGAAACGCCAUCCCCAACGCCCUCCGAUCGGUGCUGCCCAACGCCCAUGUGAUGACCAGGAGCGAGUUGGAGCCCCUGCUGCCCAAGAUCCUGGCGGCGACGCCGAGCCUGAACAAAAACCCCCUGUCGGUGGCCAGCGGUGGCGAAGCCAGCGCGAUCGGCCAGGCCAUCUACCGCGUGCCCUUUGCGCAGGCGCUGGACCUGGUCCAGCACCGCCAGGUCUUUGUCAAGGCGGGCAAGGCCUACAUCCCGGAAUCGAAGCUGCUCAAYCUGGUGACGGCCCGGUUCCGGACAAAUCUCUCGAGGCAGCUGGCCCUCCUCAGCGCCGUCCCGUCCACACCCUCCCUCCAGAGGACCACGGGCUUUCUGAAGAACGUGGCCACGGUGCACACCCAGCAAGAGGAUUAUUCUCGUACCAACAAGGACGGACCCAACAUGAACGCCCACAAYGUGCCGAGCCACCUGAAGCACAUGCCGCUGUGCAUGGCGCAGCUGCAGAUGGCACUCGGAACCGAAAAGCACCUGAAGCACUGGGGGCGCCUGCAGUACGGCCUGUUUCUGAAGGGGGCGGGAUUGUCUCUAGACGAUGCCCUCACGUAUUUCGAGCGCAUGUUUGUCGGAAAGGACUUCAACAAGGAAUAUUCCUACAACUUCCGSCACAUGUACGGGAAGGAGGGAAAGCGCCAGUCCUACCCCCCCUACACGUGCUCGAAGAUCAUCAACAGCAACGCACCGAACGCAAACGAGCACCACGGCUGUCCCUACAAGCACUCGAGCGUGCAGGACCUCUCGAGGAUGCUCUCGAGGCUGGGGGUGGCCCCGAGCCAGCAGAAAUCGAUCGUCGCCCAGAAACAGUCCCACAACUACCAGCUGGCCUGCGUCGAGCACUUCAAGGCCGUCCACCCRGGCGUGACCCCGUCGGAGAGCAACUUCGGGAACCACCCCAACGCCUGGUUUGCCUCCAGCGUCAAGGCAGCCGCGGUGAGUGGCGGCGGCACCACCUCGAGCGAACCGGGCUCGCCGUCGUCUCCGGGCGACGCGACGAUGAAGGACGCCGAUCCCGUAUCGGUGUCGCCGUGAUACAGUGCCGUUUAAGAAUCAGAUGAAUGGGAGAAAACCAUGGAGUGGGCACAUGCCAAACGAAUUAAUUAGGUUCUACACU